AUGUUGGCGAAUAUGAGACCAAAUGCGCCAUUACUUUCCUUAGUGCGAGGCGUACCGACAUGGACACUGAAGAAUACUGCCCGAACACUCUCAUCGACAACACAAAGAUUAUCAGACAAUAUCAAGAAAGAUCAAAAUGAACUGUUAAACAAGCAUAUGUCCGAGAGUUCAGCAUCAGACUCGGCAAACACACAAUCCCAGCGGCAGCAACAACAACAACAACCAACACAAGCCAAAUCGGUCGGUCAAUCCGAUGAAGAACUUCGCGAGAAGCUUGAGCGAAUGUCCGGUGGAGGUGGAGCAUCUGGAAUUGAGUACGAGGAUGGGAAACCGAGUACCAUGAAGCGGAGUGUUAGGAACAACAUGUUCCGGUACAUCUGA